AUGGAACCGUCUCUUAAAAAUCAUGUGAUGCUCGUCUCAUUUCCAGGCCAAGGUCAUGUUAACCCUCUUCUUCGCCUUGGAAAGCUCAUAGCCUCUAAAGGCUUACUCGUCACUUUUGUCACCACCGAGGAGCCAUGGGGCAAGAAGAUGCGUCAAGCCAACAAGAUUCAAGACGGAGUGCUCAAACCGGUCGGUUUAGGUUUCCUCCGGUUUGAGUUUUUCCACGACGGAUUAACCGAAGACGACAAGAAAAGAACCGACUUCCAUGCCUACCUACCACACCUUGAAGUUGUCGGAAAACGAGAGAUCAAGAAUCUCGUCAAGAGAUACGAAAAGGAACCGGUGAAGUGCCUUAUAAACAAUGCUUUUAUGCCGUGGGUAUGCGAUGUAGCCGAAGAGCUCCAUAUCCUUUCGGCUGUUCUAUGGGUCCAAUCUUGCGCUUGCUUCGCUUCGUACUACUAUUACCAUCACCGGUUAGUUCAGUUUCCGACCGAAACAGAACCGGACAUCAACGUUGAAAUCCCAUGCAUGCCAUUGUUGAAGCAUGACGAGAUCCCAAGCUUUCUUCACCCUUCCUCUCGCUUUGCGGCUUUUGGAGAAAUCAUUUUAGACCAGUUUAAGCGACUCGAAAGCCACAAGCCUUUCUCUAUUCUCAUUGACACUUUUCAAGAACUAGAAAGAGACCUCAUCGACCACAUGUCACACCUAUGCCCUGAAAUCAUUAUCAACCCCGUCGGUCCACUCUUCAAGAUGGCUCAAACUAUAAGUUCUGAUAUUAAAGGAGACAUCUCCGAGCCAGCGAGUGAUUGCAUAGAGUGGCUUGACUCAAGAGAACCAUCCUCUGUAGUCUAUAUCUCCUUUGGGACUAUAGUCCACUUGAAGCAAGAACAGAUCGACGAGAUCGCUCACGGCCUUCUCAAUUCCGGCUUGUCGUUUUUAUGGGUGGUUAGGCCUCCCAUUGAAGGUCUUAACCAAGAACCACAUGUUUUGCCUCGAGAGCUUGAAGAGAAGGGUAAGAUUGUGGAAUGGUGUCCACAAGAAAGAGUCUUGGCUCAUCCUGCGAUUGCUUGCUUCUUAAGUCACUGCGGAUGGAACUCGACAAUGGAGGCUUUAUCUUCCGGAGUUCCCGUGGUUUGUUUUCCGCAGUGGGGAGAUCAGGUGACCGAUGCGGUGUACUUGGUCGAUGUUUUCAAGACAGGAGUGAGACUCGGCCGGGGAGACGCUGAGGAGAAGAUUGUCCCAAGGGAAGUUGUGGCGGAAAAGCUAGUCGAGGCCACCGUUGGGGAGAAAGCGGAGGAGCUACGAGAAAACGCUCGGAGAUGGAAGGAGGAGGCGGAGACCGCCGUGGCGUACGGUGGAUCAUCUGAUAGAAACUUUCGUGAGUUUGUGGACAAGUUGGUUACGAAACCUGUGACACGAGAAAAGACAAGGAAAAACUGUAAUGAUAACAAGGUGUCGUAA